CCGUUUACCAUAGGAUAAGGUCGGCCAUUUGAUACAAGCCGAACACCCUCUACGUGUCACGUUUUAAACGGUGUCCCCGUGGGCCCCACAUGACACAGACCAAUCCGUACUCAACACCCCGCCCCUUCUAUAUAUACACAACCGCCUCCUCUCAUUUCCGGAGGAAAAAAGAAGAAAAAUCUAAAUAUUCUCAACGAUAAAAAAAACACAAUUGAGAAUAUCUUUGCAUUACUCUCUCACUGUUUGAUUGAUCUUGUAUCAUUAGAGAAGCCGCAAAAAACCUAAUCGGGGAAGAAGAGAUGGGCGUCCGAGAAAGCGACCCGCGCUCGCAGCUGAGUCUUCCGCCGGGAUUCAGGUUUUUUCCGACGGACGAGGAGCUGCUCGUGCAGUAUCUCUGCCGGAAAGUCGCCGGCCACCAUUUCCCGCUGCAGAUCAUUGGAGAUGUUGAUUUGUACAAGUUCGAUCCAUGGGAUCUUCCAAGUAAAGCUUUGUUUGGGGAGAAAGAAUGGUAUUUCUUCAGCCCAAGAGACAGAAAAUAUCCCAACGGUUCGCGGCCGAAUCGGGUGGCCGGUUCGGGUUACUGGAAAGCGACCGGAACCGAUAAGAUCAUCACAACUGAAGGAAGGAAAGUCGGAAUUAAAAAAGCCUUAGUUUUCUACGUCGGAAAAGCUCCCAAAGGAACCAAAACUAAUUGGAUUAUGCAUGAAUACCGGCUCUCGGAAUCUUCGAGAAAAAACGGCAGCUCCAAGCUCGACGAUUGGGUUUUGUGUCGGAUAUACAAGAAGAAUUCGAGCGGGCAGGACCGGAGCGCCGCCUUGGCCGGCGGCGUUGUUCAGAGCAAGGAAUACAGCCACGACUCCUCGUCGUCUUGUUCGUCGCAAUACGACGACGUGCUGGAUUCUCUCCCGGAGCUCGACGAUCGUUACUUCUCCAUGGAUUCUCUGAAGAAUUCUCAGCUGCAAGAUGAUCAGAAGCUGAAUCUACAGCGAUUGAGCUCCGGGAAUUUCGAUUGGGCCACGCUGGCCGGGCUCGGCCCACUUUGGCCGGAACUGCUGCAGGCCCAACAGACGAGCGCCCCUCCCGCCAGUCAAAAUGACACAUUUGCCCCUGCUAAUUUCAUGGACGGUAAUCAGCGAGUCAGCAACUCGGGGUUACUACCGCAGCACCUGACCGGGUUGACUCAGGGAUUGCCCGGGUCGGUCGACGCGUUUAGCCUGCGGUACCCGAAUCAGUCGGGCGGGUUCGGGUUUAGGCAAUGAAAUAGUGUAUUUGUGAUAUAGCGGAAAGAUUGUUUAGGGGUAAUUGCGUAAAUUCGGGUACUUCUUUGGGUUGUAUUUUGGCUUAGGCUUAGAUUAAGGAGAGAUUCAAAGGAAACGUCAAUAUUGUUGAUUUUUCUUUUUUUCUUUUUUAUAGGGCAGGGAUUUCUCUAAUUUAUUAAGCUUUAUUUUGUUCAUUAGUGCACAAAUAAUGUUGUGUAGCAGGCGCCGCGCAUGUAUUCAUAACAAGAAACAUAAUAAAAAAAAAAUAUAAUGAAA